AUAAAUAUUAUAAGUAGUGGGAUUCAGACCUAUCUAUGUUGUGGGUACUUGAGUUUUCAUCCGAACACUUUUUUUUUCUUUUUCAUUCUCUUCUUCAGUUUGAGCUUUAAGGUUUCCGUUCGUAGAUUGUAAAAGAUUGCCCCUUUGGACUAAGGGUUGUUAUCACACUUGGUGUUGCCUUGCUAAGUGAGAUGGGAGGUGCAGUAGCGAAGCAGAAUUUACCCAAGGCUUUAGUGCCUGAGAAAAAGCUUGAGGCUAAAAUAGUGGAGGCAAUGAAGCAGAGAGAAUCUAAAGGAACUUCUAUAAAGUCAUUUAACAGUAUCAUUCUGAAAUUCCCAAAAAUUGAUAUGAGCUUGCGAAAAUGCAAAGCUACUUUUCAACAAUUUGAUGAGGAUGCAAAUGGUGUAAUUGACCGACAAGAACUGAAAAACUGUUUUCGCGAGUUGAAGAUAAACUUUACAGAGGAGGAAGUCAGUGAUCUAUUUGAGGCAUGCGAUAUAUCCGAUGAAAUGGGCAUGAAAUUUAGUGAAUUUAUUGUGCUUCUUUGCCUUGUCUAUCUUUUGAAGCAGGAUCCAACUGGCCUCCAUGUUAAAUCACGGAUGGGAUUACCAGAACUGGAGUCAACAUUCGAGACUUUAGUAGAUGCAUUUGUGUUCUUGGACAAGAACCAUGAUGGCCAUGUCAGCCGUAGAGAGAUGGUUGAGGCCAUAAAUGAAACAACUUCAGGGGGACGUUCUUCUGGGCGUAUAGCCAUGAGAAGAUUUGAAGAGAUGGAUUGGGAUAAAAAUGGAAUGGUGAACUUCAAAGAAUUUCUUUUCGCUUUUACCCGGUGGAUUGGAAUAGACAAUGACGAUGAGGAGGAUGAUAAUGUUGCAGAGAAUAAUUGAAUCCAAAUGUCAUUAUCUUCAGAGAACUGGGACCUGCAGCAGCAAAAAUUUCAACUAGAUUAACAUUGAAUGAGACUCUUGUAUAUUUCCCGUUAAUACACCAUUAUGGUGUUUCACUCUUUAAGUUAUCUGCCCCAACCCCUGAGCACUUGCUUCUUCCUGUGUCAGGUUUGUGUGUAAAUAUGAUGGUAGAGUUUGAAGUUGGAACUUAAUGCAGGUAGGUUGUUAAAUAAGAGAUAUAUUUUGAACUACUUUUAUUUGUAUUUCACUUUGUUGUUUUGACUUUAAAUUCAUGUAAUAUAUAUAUUUGUUAAAAAAUUUAAUAUGCAAUUUCAUUUAUCUGUA